AUGGCCAUUGCAACAGCUCUAGUAAUUUUGCUGCUUGCAGCCCCAGCAGUUUAUGGAGUGCAGCACACUGUUGGUGACGCAGAUGGCUGGGAAUCAAAUGUAGAUUAUGUCACUUGGGCUGCUAGUAAAACCUUCACUGUUGGUGACACUCUUUUGUUCACCUAUGGUGCUUCCCACUCAGUGGAUCAAGUAAAUCAAGCAGGCUACAGUAGUUGCAGUUCAAGCAAUGCCAUCGGAACCCAUAGUGAUGGGAACACAUCAAUCCCCCUCUCACAAGCUGGUCCAGUCUAUUUCAUCUGCCCUACUCCAGGUCACUGUGCCAAUGGCAUGAAGCUUACAGUCACUGUUGUGGCAGCUGGCAGCCCCCCUACCACUUCUCCCACCACUCCAUCUCCACCAGCCACAACCCCGUCUCCACCCACCACCACUCCGUCUCCGUCCACCACUCCUGCCGGCAAUAAUGGUUCGUCCCCGCCACCCCCGCCACCUUCCGGAGCCGCAGCUCUUAGCAUGAAUAUGCUUGGGGUUCCACUUGCGAUGGCAACCUUGGUUGCAUUCAUGGGCUAG